AUGGACUCAAGCAGUCAGCAAGAUGCUGGAACCGCAAGCUGCACGAGUCCCUUAUUAAAAUGGGAUUCAAACAAAGUCUGCCUGUAUACAAAAGUCGUCGACGGGAAUCUUGUCUAUGUUUUAAUAUCCGUUGAUGACAUUGUCGUGGGAUGCAAGUUAGAGGCCGAAACCUUGAAGGUGUACAACGAACUUAAGAAGAUUUUUGACAUCACUUGCGUCGGAGAUCUCACUUUCUUCUUGGGUAUGCAGAUUGAAAGGAAGAAUGGGACUUACAGUAUAAGUCUUAGCAGCUACAUCGAUCAACUAGCCCAUCGACUCGGAAUGCAGCAAGCGAAAUCGGCCAAUACUCCGAUGGAUUGCGCGGCCAGUUCAUGGAUAAGCCGUCGGCAGUCAUCAAUAACUUUGUCAUCAAUGGAGGCCGAAUACACAGCUCUAAGUGAAGCGUGGCUAGAAGCAAUAUGGUUACGGAGACUGCAGAGAUUUGGGCUGUGUGCAGAAGAGUGCAACGGUAACAGCGAAGCUAACCAAAGCUGUAUUGCCUUUGUUCGCUCGGAAAGGCAAUCUCGAAGAUCCAAGCACAUUGAAACCAGGGAACACUUCGUGAAGAAGUCCGCGAGAAGAAAGACGUCCAGCUUCUCUACUGUUAAACGGAAGAAAUGA